UUUUGGUUGAGCUCAUAGGUUCUGUGCUGUAGUUGUUCUGGGUGCGUUCUGAUUCCUAGCACAAAGUAGAAAGACAAGUGUGUUUGUCUCCUUCCCCUUCUACAACUCUCUCUCUCUCUCCCUCUCUUGUUCACAGGUUUCUCCUUCUGUGGAUAUAGUCCAGGAGGAUUUGAGCCAUGAACAUUCCAAAGUGUCCUGGUUGUCAGCAGUCUAACAUCAGAAUGCUGGACGGUCAGCGUGCAGUCUGCAAGUCUUGUUCUAUAGUGAAUCGGCGCGUGUUUCAGUUCUGCUGGGCAUGUCAGAGAGAGUGGCCACGGCACGCUUUGACCACCGACUCCUGCGUGCUGCCAAAUUGCGCGCUCCGUGCCGCACUCCUCAGCGUCAAACAGAUCAGUGACCCAGACAGUUCUGUGAGAGGAUGCCCGUACUUCAGGGCUUGUCCAGGAUGCAAGGCCCUGCUCACACACAACGGUGAGGGAUGCCCUAACAUCGUUUGUCCCCACUGCCAUACAGAGUUCUGCUUCCGCUGCAUGCGCCCGCAAUGCUACGACAAUUAUGACUACGAUGAGAGUGACACUGACUAUGACGAGGAGGAGGAUAUUGAGAUAGACCAAUGCGUGAUGGCGGACAACAAUGAGAUCCUUCGAAAUCUGGAACUGUAGUGGAUGUCUGGAAGCAUUAUUGAAAUGUUCAUGAUAAACAAUGAAGUCAGUUCCCCUUUAAAUACACACAGGUGCCCUAACAUAGUAGCCAGAUGUAGUACAUCACAUUAUAUGGACGGACAUGUUCUCAGUUUUACAACCAGAAAGUGCCAAAAUAUUUUUGCCUUAAUCAUUUUGUACUAUAUAUCAUUUGGAAACCUUUUUUGUGAAAUGUUUGCUUAAAAGUGUGUUUGUACUACCCUUACAAUAGCCUCAAUGUUACUUGGUUUGAUGUUUUGUUAUAUUAUGCAAAAAAAAUUGCCAACAAAAUCAGUGAAGCCAAAGCAUAUUAGGAUAUUUUUAAAGAAUAACAACUGAAAAGAAAGCAUACUUUAAUUGGUUUCUGUUUUUUAGUUUUGUAUUUCUCCUCCUGACAUCAGUUGAUAGAAUGCAAUGUGAUUUCAACUAUAUGCUCUAUUCUUCACUAUGCUUCACCCAUUCCACUGUGAAUGCAGUACAGCCUCUGUCUGGUGUCCGUGCGUUUCAAUGGCAUGUGGAAUAGUAACGUAGAUCACAGUAACUCAACAGAAUUAACACAAACAUUUUAAAAACAAAACAUCUGAAAGAAUGAGUCUAACAUCAUAUCAGGCAAAUAGUAGGACAACAUGAAGAAGGUACAAUAGGUUUUCAUAGAGUUUAUUGGGUUGGUGGGUCACAUGGGUAACUCUCUGUGAUUUAUAAUCUCUUCGUGACAGAUUGCAAGUCAAAUGCUGCCUCUAUACUGUCUAAGACCUUUUCUUUUGUUGAUCAGAUGAUGAUUAAUUCAUCUAAAUUGAACCCUGUUUAUAAUAGUUUACAUCAACAUGGGAAUCAUUGGUUUAUUCCUCAUGCAGUCAUGCAAGUUGUAAAUCUACAUACAGAAAGUCUAAAGGUGAAGGGGUGAUUUGGUUGGAGAAAUAAAGAAAUCAGGUUAAAGAAAUAAACUUUCAACAACAACAAAAGGCAAACAAUAAUAGUAUGAGAUAAUAGAGAAA